ACAUAACAAGAAAACGAGGACCAAAAUGAAAUAAACCAACAAACAAGAGAAACGUACGUUCCAUAAAGAUGUAUGAAAGGCAAGAAGAUUCAUUACCGUUGUCUCCAGAGCAGUGAAGCAUCCCAGGAAGUUGAAGUGAAAGUAGAGAGGCGAUUGAAAGAGAAGAUAAUUCGCCGGUCAAUCGCCAAUGGCGGAGAAGCAAUUAAUCAUCGCCGUUGAAGGCACCGCCGCCAUGGGCCCUUACUGGAGCUCCAUCGUUACCGAUUACCUCGAAAAGAUCAUUAGGUGUUUCUGUGGAGCUGAAGCAGGAUCACAGAAGCCAUCUGGGGCCAAUGUGGAGUUUGGUUUGGUUAUGUUUAACUCACAUGGUUCUUAUAGUGCUUGCUUGGUUCAGCGAAGUGGCUGGACUAGAGAUAUUGAUUUAUUUCUCCACUGGCUUACAUCCUUGCACUUUGGUGGUGGGGGUUUCAAUGAUGCUGCAAUUGCAGAAGGGCUUGCUGAAGCUCUAAUGAUGCUCUCAUCUCCAAAUGGAAACCAAACUAAGCAAACUGUGGAAGGGCAAAAGCAUUGCAUUCUUGUUGCUGCAAGUAAUCCUUAUCCAUUACCUACACCAGUUUAUAGACCACAAAUACACAAUUCCGAGCAGAGUGAAAAUGAAACACAAACUGAUGACCGACGCCUAUCUGAUGCUGAGACAGUUGCAAAAUCAUUUGCUCAGUGUUCUGUUUCUUUGUCAGUUGUAUGUCCAAAGCUGGUCUUGAAACUAAAAACAAUCUAUGCUGCGGCAAAGCGUAAUCCACGAGGAGCAGACUUACCCAUUGACAAUCCCAAGAAUCCAUAUUAUCUUGUUCUAAUUUCGGAAAAUUUUAUGGAGGCUCGUGCUGCUUUCAAUCGCACUGGAAUGCCAAGUUUGCCUUCAACUCAAAACCCUGUUAAAAUGGAUGUGUCUUCUGUUCCUCCCAUUUCUGGACCACUGCCUUCAAGUUUGGCUUCAAUUCCUUCAGCAAAUGGGCCUGUCAUGAACCGGCAACCAAUUCCAACCGGAAACGUUCAUCCUGCUACUGUUAAAAUUGAGCCGACCACUGUAACCUCCAUGCCUGGACCUACAUUUACACAUGUUCCAGCAGUCCCUCGUGGUGCUUCACAACAACCUGUUCAGAACCUUCAAACGUCUUCACCCAUCUCUGUUUCCCAGGAAAUGAUUGCAAACAAUGAGAAUCUGCAGGAAACAAAGCCCAUGGUCGUCCAUGGUAUGGGACAAUCUGUACGUCCAGUUGGUGCUGCAGCUGCCAAUGUGAGAAUUCUGAAUGAUGUUGCCCAAGCACGGCAAGCACUUGCCGGGGGAACUUCUAUAGGACUUUCAUCUAUGGGCGGAACACCUAUGCUUUCGAACAUGAUAUCCAGCGGAAUGGCAUCCUCCGUCUCUGCAGCUCAAAGUGUAAUAUCGUCUUCUCAACCAGGUGUUACAUCAAUGACCAGCUCGAUGCCACUUGCAGGACCCGGACAAGUUGUACAGAGCUCUGCUCCUACUUCAUUUACUGCAACGGCUUCCAGUAUGUCAUCAACUUCAAACCUAGUCAUGUCACAAUCGAUGAAUACUCUCCCAAGUAGCGUUAGUGUGGGCCAAACAGUACCCGGCAUGAACCAAGCUAACAUCCCAGGCACUCAAAUGAUGCAAACUGCAACAAGCAGGAGCCAGAAUAUGAUGAGCGGCAUGGGCGCAACUGGUAUGCCUUCUGGAACUGGCACAAUGGUUCCUACUCCAGGAAUGACUCAACAAGGGCAACAAGGAAUGCAGGCUAUUGGUGUAAAUAGCAAUUCCGCAGCGAAUAUGCCUCUUUCGCAGCAACAAACAUCCAGUCAAUUGCAAUCAUCUCAGCAGUCAAAAUAUGUCAAAGUCUGGGAGGGGAACUUAUCCGGGCAGAGACAAGGUCAACCUGUGUUCAUUACCAGACUAGAGGGAUAUAGGAGUGCAACAGCAUCUGAAACGCUUGCAGCAAAUUGGCCUGAAACAAUGCAAAUAGUUCGGCUUAUUUCCCAGGAUCAUAUGAACAAUAAGCAAUAUGUUGGAAAAGCAGAUUUUUUAGUUUUUCGGGCAAUGAACCAGCAUGGAUUUCUUGGUCAAUUACAAGAAAAGAAGCUUUGUGCAGUCAUUCAAUUGCCCUCACAGACAUUACUCCUCUCAGUUUCUGAUAAAGCUUGCCGCUUGAUUGGGAUGCUUUUCCCAGGGGAUAUGGUAGUGUUUAAACCCCAGAUCACGAACCCCCAGCAGCAGCAACAGAUGCAAGCACAGCAACACCCGCAACUUCAGCAGUUGCAGCAGCAGCAGCAGCAGCAACAACAACAACAACUUCAACAACUACAGCAGCAGCAACAACCGCUCUCGCACAUGCAACAGCAGCCCAUGAUGCAGAUGCAGCAGCAGCAGCAAAUGCCACAGAUGCAACAGCAGCAACAGCAGAUGCCGCAAAUGCAGCAGCAGCCACAACAGCAGCAGCAGCAGAUCCCGCAAAUGCAGCAGCAGCCACAACAGCAGCAACAGCAGAUCCCGCAAAUGCAGCCACAGCAACAGAUGCAGCAGCAGAUGCAGCAGCAGCAACCACAACAGCAGCAGCAGCAGCAGCCACAGAUGGUUGGGACAGGGAUGAACCAAGCAUAUAUGCAAGGCCCGGGUCGGUCGCAGCUAAUGUCCCAAGGGCAAGUUUCAUCACAAGGACUUCAAAACAUGCCUGGGGGUGGGUUUAUGAAUUAAUCCCCCCUCCCCCCAACAACUCUGCAGAAUAGGGACUGAUGUAAAGAUGGAUUUUUACAAGGAAACAGAUAUGAGAUAUCUCCCCCUAGGAUCAAACAGCCAGGUUCUUCUAUUGAAAUUUGUGGGUUUAAUCUACAUGGGUGAUUAUUAUCUGUUCCAAGAAAAUUUAUUUUCCUUUUACAAAAUUAAGUCAGCUAGUGCUAACAUUUUGUAAUAUUGCACUUUUUUUUUGGUAUGCAUUUUGUAAUUUGUGGUUGUGGUAUCUUGUCUUUGUUUC